UAACUUGAUGCUCUUUUUACAGUGUAAUUGUACCCGUAAUUUAUGUACUUUACUCUGUAAUCCGAUGGCGUUCUACACUGCAACCUGUUGCCUUUUUACAGUGUAAUUUUAUUCAUAAUUACUGUGUAAUUUGUUCUCUCACCGUGUAAAUUUCUCUUAGAUUAUUACUGUAUAUUUACAUAGUUUUGCACUUGGAGUCUCUCUAUAACUGAGUCCCUUCUCUCUUGUUUUUCAGCUAGUAUCUCAAUGGGCAGACUACAGAAAGUCUCAGCCAAGGAUGUUCCGCAAGCUUCUUCAGUUGAGAGUCCUGAUUCAUCAAAAGAUCCUUUCGUGCCUAAUGAUUUCGCUGAUGAGAAUGUUAUGUCUUUGAAUUUCUCUGCUGAUGAUGAAGACUUUCAUAAAGCACUUUACAAUUUCUAUGUGAAUAAUAUGAAGCAAUUUCUUUGUGUUUUGUUCAUGCAAGAGGUGAAGAGGUGUUUGCCCUUUGCGUGGGUUCCAAGUAUGUGGGCAUGUGAUGUGUGGUUCUGGAGAUCAGGCGGGUGUUGGCCCCUGAUCUUUUGAAGGGGUUUAUUGUCCAGGACGAACCGGGUCAAAUGUUUAGCCCCAACCCGUUUAGACGUUCUUUUUUGUUAUCUACUAAUAUUUCUGCUAUUUACAUGUGUCAGCUGUUGAUUGGUGAGGGUAUU